CCCACACUUCCGAGCCGGAGGACCUUGAACUCUUUGUAUAUCAUCUGCCCAUACCUCCUCCUAGGUUUUCGCCUAGUCAGUUUCUUUUCUGCCUCCUUCACGCAUCAGGCUGAGAUACCAGACAUCACGUGAGCGUGGAUAAGCCGACUCUCCUCGCACCAAUGGAAGGCUGGUGGCGCAGCGAUGGCGCAGGCUACGGCGCGGGGGAUAUCACCGGAACUUUCCUUGGGACCCCAGGCUCACCGGCGAUAGAUGGGAAUAGUGUAGCUGUGCCAGACCGUACCGGUUACGCACACGGUCCAACCCAUCAUCAACAAGGACUGGCUCAAUGGGUCUCAGAAAACUAUGCGGCUGAACCAAAUAUUUCAUCCAGGCGCUUAUCCAACAAUGCCACUCCGUCUCGGGGAAGUACUGCUACUGCUUUUCCUAAAGCUUCGGUGUCGGAUCCGCACAAUCAAGACACAAAAGGCGGUAGAAGGAAUUCGCGAGGUCCAACGCACAAACAGAAGGGGCAACCCCAACCGACCGUGGAGACAUAUGUGCCCGAAUCUAAAGUCGGAACCCCAACGCCUGGGGAUUACACGCAACAUACAAUAUACUCACAACAUCACCAACCAAGCUUGCAACCUCAUACGCUGUACACCACGACAUCAGCGCUGAAUGCUGGAUUCGAUACCCAGCAUCAGCUGGCAGAGCAAGGCUACCUGUCGAGCGCGAACGGACCAGCGCGUCAUAAUACCUAUUCACAUCAGCAUCAAUAUGAACCUGUGCUUAAAGCCACCGAUUCGGACGCCACAAUCAAAAUCAAACAUCAGAGUGACGGAGUCGUUGAGUCGACCUUGCCAAUCUUGCCGUCAGCGGCUCAUCACCAGUCCACGGACUUCAACCAAUAUUCGCCUGGCAUUUCCAGCUACAGCACUUCGGUAUCUCGUCCUCGAGGAAAACUGCAGGAUGCCUACCCGACCUACAGCACGAAGCGCACCUCAAACGUUGCGACUGAAGCUGCUGAACGUUUGCUGACGACGCCUCACUCUGAUGCGAUUACCGUUACAUCGCUUGACGCCUCCGCUAGCCAGGAUCCUCGCAAUAGCACCCCAUACUCUUCUCAUAGCUCGACACAAUAUGAUUCAUCCGUACACAUUGGUCCUGCUGGUCUAGAAAUGUCGGAUGCUAGAGCCGGCCCCGCUCGUCAGCCUAAGGACACCAGACAUGCGGACACUUCCGCGGUAAAGUCCAGUGCUCUGCAGACAAAUACAGGCUCAAACGUCAUUCCGCACACAGCACAAGACCUCUGGCCACAACACAUCAUGGCUGUUGAUCUAUCCCCUUCCUCUAAUUUGGUCGACACUGUUAUAAACAAGGCGCACAUUCAGCAGACAGAUCCAGUCUCAAACAUACCCACCCAGCCGCAUUCGGAAGUAACAUCCGUAACCCCGAGUCGAUUCGAACCAUCGCAACCUUUGGCCUCCCGGUCUACGGGUAUCGUCAUGCCACAGGUGCAUGCCCAGCAGCCAGGACAUGCCUCCGAUGGCUCUUUUCAGCAUAUUCCGUCUACGUCAACUGCCGCUACAGUAGUCACCAGCGCACUCCAGGAAGCUCAUUCGAAAUCUCACCAUUCAGCGACUCCCGGCUCGCAAAACUCACAUGAGCUUCUCGCCAUCCUAGACACAUUAGGGCCGGCACAAUAUGCGUCGGCACAAUCAGGGGAACCUCGAGCAGACUUAUAUGUGCCGACAGCAUCCAUGCCAGAACCGCAACUGACAAUGUUCCAUGAAAGCAGACCACACUCAACGCCAACCGGCUCCGUGGAGGAUCAGCCAUUCCAACCUUCUCCCGUUGGAGCUCCCCUAGACGUAAAAAUAUUGAACUCUGCGACUCCGAAAAAGGACGCUUCAGACGCUUCGAUAUCUAGUACUCUUACCCCCGCGGAAGCGGCUCCUGUGAUCAACAGUGGCUGGAUCUGGGACAACGAUCGGAAGGACUACUAUUAUUACAACUACACGGAUCGGUGCCAUGUAUACUCAAAGGGAACGAAGAUCUAUGCAGAGGCACAACAACCCCAGCCGCUUAGCACUGUGCCUGAGUCAACCACGAAAUCCCCAACCAACGAACAACAGCGCUACUCAGAUAGUACUGAUACUCAGAGGAACUUCAAAUCAUCUUCUUCGAUGGAAGGGAACCUACCAAUCCCUCUCACGAUUGAUGGAGCUACUGUUGGGAAAGAACAUCAGACGCCUCCACACAAAGAGAGUCAUAUGCCGAACAUAACACAGCCACGUCAGGUCGUAACGCAAUCGCAUCAGGUGCCGGAACUGGUAAGGCAAGACGAACACCCAAUCACGACCGUGCAUAACGUCACCCAAUCCUAUGAAAUACCGACACGGACGAACUCCACCGAGGUCCCGAUGGCCGCUGCACAGAAUCCCACAGUUGCACCUCGCUAUCAAAGGGUACCAAGAUCUUAUGGAGCUCCCAGCACGCAUCCAAGUAACCCGAUGCCUGUGGCCCCUACUACGAUGGUGUCACCACCAUUCAUCACACCUCCAUCACACAUGCGUCAAGCGGACACUUCUAGGAGUGGUGCCGUUAUGCAAGUGGAACAAACGACUAUCUCGUUGCAUACAGCUCCAGGUACCCGUGCCAUAGUGCCGCCAAGUCCCACUGUACAAGGAAACCAUGCAUCUAGCUCCGAACCUAGUAGAGAUGCGGGCAAAGUUACAUGUGUCUUAGAUCUGUCCAGUGAUGACGUCCAAGUAGCAGUUAACGCGACAAUCUCGGGAGCUGCUGUUGUUAAGAAGGUUAAGUCUUCCGUGCCAGAGCCUUCUUACAGAGACCACCGACGCUCUCAUACACCUCGAACUAUAAACCGGCCCUCUUCCUCCGCAAUCUCGCAUAAGGUUACCGAACAGCUUAUUAACAUCAUUGAUUCCAGCAUCUACGAAGCUCUUCAAGGCCGGGCAUCAUCACAGACUGUGCUCAAGAUCAUCCAUGCAGGCGACACUCCCGAUAGGGAAAAGGCUGCGGUGGCGGAUGCUAUCGCCAGCGCACAAGUGUGCGACGACCUUAAGCUGGAAUCGAGUACGGAAGCAGCUGCUGUGGACGCUCUGAAGUGUUCGGAGAACCAAACCGCCCCUGAAGCAGUAAAGCCUGGAGACAAGGUGGUUGUUUGCCAUACUACCGCGACCGUCAUUGACGCCACAACAUACGCCAUUGGGUCCGCAGAUGCGUCUUUACAGGAGGUUGUUGCUGGCGAAGGAAAAAAUAAUGGAGCUCGCAGCAUUGACGACGAGCUACGGGAGUGGGUGAAGCGGACCUUCAGCAACGGCUCUUAUCCCUACUUUGACCUAGACCACAUCGAGCCAGGGACUCCUUUCGCAUCCACCUUUCAGAAGAUUAAAGAAACAUUCGGCUCUGAGGACCAGGAAGACGACGAAUUCUUCUUACCCUUGCGCAUGCGAAGUGUCCCAAGCUCUCGAUAUUACUCUAGCAGUCGCAGAAUGGUCAAAGUUCCUAGCAACAGAGUGGAGCUCUUCUUUCAGCCUACGCUGAGAGCAGUGAAGGAAGUUUUGGAUCAUCAAGUCUCUCGAGCGCAGGCAGCCUCCGUUCAGGUCGAAAAAGUGCUCUUCCUAGGAGAGCUUGCCAGGUUCCCGUACAUGAAAAAGCAUGUACAGCAGUGGUGUUACACGGCCACCACUUCGUAUGCGGCAUAUCUACGUUUUGUUUGCUACGAUCGGCCGCAAUAUGCGCUAGUCCAAGGAGCGAUCCACCAAGAACGCGAUCAAGUCCGGGUGCAACGGAAGAGUCGUAGACACUAUGGCUAUGAACUGAUGCUACCAUUCAAAGCUGGAGACCGGCGAGACUACCGCACACUUGAUCUUUAUACUCGUCGAUAUUUCUGCUGUCACAGAGCGAGUUGGAAGAUAGCCAAGGGUACAACCAUCGAUCCAGGUACUUGCGUGUCCGAAGACGUGCGUCUAACCGUCUACGAGCGCGACCGGAAAUACGGAACGACUGCGAAACUUCUGUCUAGCACCGAAGAUACUCCGCCACAGUAUGCGACUAGCUCUCGGGUCGAUAUCAUAGGAUGCGUCAAGAUUGAUUUCACCCUUGAUGAGGUCAAGAGUGCGACCCCUGCUGGUCCUGUCUGGAAUAAGAGUUGUGGAUGGGUUUGGCAACCAAACUAUCGUAUCGAUGUUGAGCUUGGGCAUAAAGACAAGUUGCAUGUAAGAGCUGUUCUUGCCAGUGGUCGCGUAGUUGGGCGUUCUUCAAUCAAUUAUGAAGGCGGUUAGGUGGAUGCGACGGAGGGUGUGCGGCCUGUCUUUGCAAUCUUUAGUGGUCAUAUCUGCUGUAAGUUUUUCUUCGUUUCAUCACGGCCACCCUUAUGUCUGGAACGCCAUAUAUUCCUCUUAUACUUUCUACCUUGAUGCCGAUUAGAAUGUCUUUCAGGUAUAUUCUCUUAACACUUUGCUCCUCAAUAGCAACUAUCGGCACCUGCUCUACACUGUCGCUC